CCGCCGCCUCGCCUCAGCUCAGGCCUGGUGUCUCUCUGUGAGGCGGGAAGGCGGCGGAUGGAGCCGGGAAUGGAGAGACCGAGAGAGACAGAGAGGGGCCCGGCGGUGAGGAGGAAGAGGCCCGGGAUGCGAGGGGGUGUGGGCCAGGCCCAUCCUCGGCUGCUCCCGGGGAGGGAGGGAGGGAGGACUACGACUCCCAGGGGCCUAGAUUCGCACCCUCCCUCCCCCCAAUACAGGUCUCCAGUCCAUACCACGCUACAUGAACUUGAAUGGAUACUGUGGUUGUGUUGUCGAAAGCUUUCAUGGCCAGGAUCACACUGUUGUGGUCGAGAACGAAGCCGGAGAUGGGGCCGGGAGCCUACGUCUCUCUGGGGCUCCUCACCUGCUUGGCUUCCGUCCAUUUUCUCAAAGCCGAGACAGACCCAAAAGAUUCCGCUUCCCCUUGCCCUGAAAACUGGUUGCAUUACAAGGACAACUGCUAUGGCUAUUUCCCCGAAAAGAAGUGCUGGAAAGACGCGGAGAAAGAAUGCCAGAGCUGGGAUGCCCACCUGGUCUCCAUCCUGAGCAAGAGGGAAUGCUGCCGCGUCCGGAAGUUCCUGUCCAAAUUCCAACCUGAUGGGGACAUCUGGAUCGGGCUCCACAACCCCAGCAAGUUCCCGGACCGCUCCUUCUGGGAAUGGACGGACGGCCAGCCCAUGGACCACACCCAGUGGAGCCUCGGCCAGCCCAACAACUACGGCAACACCGGAGAGUACUGCACAGAGAUCUGGCGCUCCUCAGAAUUUAAGAAGUGGAAUGACGAAAUCUGUGAACGGAAGAACAGCUUCAUCUGCAAGUUCAGCUUGGAGGAAACCGAAGACGAGGACUGCCUCUGAGUGGCCAGGAAGUCCUCCAGGUGCCACCACAGAGGCUGGAUGGCCAUCUGUCAAGAGGGCUUGGGUGGUGUCCUCUUGCCUGGCAGGAUAGGGCUGGGCUGGAUGACCUCUGGGGACCCUUUCCGACUCUAGGAUUCUAUUAUUCCUUCCUUCCAUCCUUCCUUCCCAAUAAACUCUAUCUCUAAAGCAA